AUGCCUAGAGAAAAUUCAACCCUUCCCAUCUGUUUCUUCAAGAUUAUUCUUCAAACCAAUCUUCAAACUAUUAAAAUACCAAACAAGUUUACAAGAAGACACGGUGCUGGUCUACCAAAUCCAGUGAUGAUCAACCCUCCUGAUGGCACUAAAUGGAAAGUGUUUUGGAAAAACAUCAAUGGUGACAUUUGGUUUCAAAAGGGUUGGAAAUUGUUUACUCAAAAUUACUCUCUACAACAUGGUUGCUUGGUAGUCUUUAAAUAUAAAGAAGGAACUUCAACUUUAGAUGCAAUCAUACUUGGCCAGCAUGCAUUAGAAAUUGACUAUGGUUCUUCAUGUAACACUCUUGACGAAACCGACAAUCUUGAUCAUAGUGAUGAUGAAUCCAUUGAGAUCUUGAAUGUUGAUCAUAGAGAUGAUAAAUCAGUUGAGAUUUUCAAUGUUGAUGAUAGUGAUGAUGAAUCAGUUGAGAUUUUGAAUGAAUGGCUUAAUAAGAAGAAGACUAGACCAAAGUCGCCAUUUGUUUCUCCUAGACCAUGUAAGAAAGUUAGAGUUGAGUUUAAGAAGACUAGUGUAAGAACUACAUCAUUGAAUUGGCCAAGAGAAAAUAGAGCAAGAGAAGUAGCUGCAAAAUUUAUUUCAAGCAAUCCUUUUUUCACUAUUCUCAUAAAACCUAAUCAUCUCGCAGAUUUUCGACUGAGUGUACCAAAUUUAGAAGGGGUUAUUGAGAACAAAGAGAAGAAUGUGAUUCUGCAGAUUGGGGAAAGUUCAUGGAAUGUGAAAUUGCUUCGUGUUAAUAAGGAUAUAAAGGGUCGCCAUCUAUCGGCUGGUUGGUCCUUGUUUGCAAGUGAAAAUGAACUGCAACUGGGAGAUGUUUGUGUCUUUGAACUUAUAAACAAAGAAGAUUUAGUUUUUAAAGUUCAUGUUUUCUGA